GGCGGACAUCCCCUCCGACCUGAUGGACAAGAUCAAGAAGACCCAGUCCACCCUGGGGAGGGUCAUUAGCACGCCUGCUAUGGAUGAAAAGGUGCUCGCUCGUCCGCCGUUCCGCUUUCUGCACGACGUGGUGGUGGCGCUGGUGGCCAAGCGGCACUUUGCCGACGGCCUGUUUGAGCCGGCAGAGCUCGAUGUGAGCAAUAUCAAGGGCAAGGCUGACAAGAUCGCCUUUCUGACAAAGGUCAUCGAUGUUGUGGGCAUCGCCCUUGACAUGAACGUCCCGGUCAAGCCAAAGAAGAUCGUGGCCGGCCUCGAGCCCAAGCGGACCAACAUCUUCCUCACCAUGCUGGCCAAGGCUGCCGUCUCAAAGUCGGUCGACAUGCCCGAUGCCGUACGCCGUGUCCGCGCCGGUGAGCACAUGCCCGAGCGUGGAGCGGCGAAAGCCAAGGGUAAGGACAAGGCAAAGGCAAAGGCAAAGGCGCCCGCACCUGCGCCCGAGGCCGAGCCGCAGGCCCCGCCCGCAGAACCUGCAGAGCCAGCCAAGCGCCCGGCGCGUCCGUCGUCAGCACGCGGCAAGCGCCAGCGGCCGAAGCAAGUUCAGGCAGUGCCGGCCGAGCCGGCGCAGGCGGAUCAGAACGAGGCGAGCCGUGGUCCCGAGCUGGCGGCGGCGGCAGCGCCGCCUGCAGAGCAGCCAGCUGCCGCACCAGUCGAGCCAGCCACUCGGCAGCAGCCAAUCAUCCGGGCGACGACGAGAACGGGGCCGCCCAAGGCGCGCACCGGUGGACGGGGGCGCCCGGGCUCUGGCGCCGACCGCACUGUCGUCAACAAAGCCAUCAUCCGCGACGACGACUCGGGCGACGACGAAGACUUUAUGGCCGUCGGCGGGGCCGGUGGCAGCUCGCGGCCGGCAGCAGCUAGCUCGGCCCCCGACGGGAAGCUUGUGGCGCAGCUCAAGUCGGCUCAGGCCAAGAUCCAGGCUGUUGAGGCCAAGCAGGCCGAGACGACGCAGGCCUCGGGCUCAACGGGUAUCAUUCUCAAGAAGAAGCGCGCCGGAGGCUCGGCCGGCGGCUCGGCAGGCUCGGCUGCCAGCGCACCAGCCGUAGGCGCCCGCGAGCUUGGCGAGCUCUGCGAUGCUCUGCAGCACGCCGCGCCGCAGGUCACCAAGCUCGGCCAGCUGAUGGACUACGUGCAGGAAGACAUGGCGUCGAUGACCCGCGAGCUCAACGGCUACGUCGCAGACGCCGAGUCGCACAAGGCCGCCCUCGCCAAGCACCGCAAGGCCGCCGCCGCAGAGCUCGAGCCCUUGGAGGCCAAGCUCCGCCAGGUUGACGAGGCCAUCAAGAAUCAGCUCGCCAAGAAUCUUGCCCUCAAGGCCACCAUCAUCCGCAAUGAUGCCUCCAUCCAGCAGCUCCUGGCCUCGCUCGUCCGCGAGCCGGGCGAGGCACCGACGGCAGCCGGGCAACUGGGCGAGGCUUCGCCGGGCGAGGCACCGACGGCAGCCGGGCAACUGGGCGAGGCUUCGCCGGGCGAGGCACCGACGGCAGCCGGGCAACUGGGCGAGGCUUCGCCGGGCGAGGCACCGACGGCAGCCGGGCAACUGGGCGAGGCUUCGCCGGUGGCUGAGCAGUCGGGCGAGGCGGUGCAUCCAUCGCCGCCGCUCACGUCUGCAGAUGCGCAAUCACCAGCCGCACCACGAUCACCGGCUGCAGGCCGGCUGCCGGCGGCGACGGGCCAGCUGACGUGCUCGUGCAAGCCGCAGCAGCGGAUUGACGGACCGGCGAUUGCAUGCGACGAAUGUGGGACGUGGAAACACAUGGCAUGUGUAGGGCUGCCGGGCGGACGGCAUGUGCCGGAGACGUUUCUGUGUGCAGAGUGUGCGCAGGGCUCGGCCGCGGCAGCCGAGCGGCUGCGCGAGCGGAUCCGUCAGCUCGCGCGGCCGUACGUGUACGCGGCGUACCGGCGGCUGGCCACGGCGCGUGGGCUGGCGGCGUCGCGGACGGUGGGCAAGCGGCAGGCGGUCGACGCGCUUGUCUCGCACAGACCAUGGGGGCCUGAUGAGGAGGCGGUGCUUGCCAGCGUCGAGGCCGCGGCGGCGAGCCUGGUCCGCGGCGCUGCGUCGGUGGCGCGGCUCCACGCCCAGGGCGUGAUCGGCGGCGGCUUCCUCGACCUCAUGCCCGCGCGGCGGCGGGAGGUUUUUGCGGUUUUUGCGUCGCCCGAGAUCGAGGUGGCCGGAGUGAUGAUACGGACGCGGGCGGCGCCCGACGCGGCUGUCGUCAUGGCGUACUCGGCAGCAUCGGCCGAGGUGCAGAGCGUGCUGGACGCCAAUGGCGCCGCGCCGCGCUUGGCGCCGCCGCCGCUUGAACUGCUAGACAUGCUUGACGACGGGACGCCCAAGUCGGAGAGCCCGCAAGACGAGCCGGGGCGGGAGGCGGCGACAGCCGGGCCUACGCUUGCAACCGAGCUCCAGGCGCGGGUCUCGCGGAUUGUGUCGCAGCUGCCUGCGGUGCCUGCUGCCGAGUGGCAUGGCUCUGCCCCGGUGUGUGCCACCUGCCUGCUCCCGCUGGCGCACCCGGCGCCGAUUCCCGACUACUUUGUGUCGACGCGGGCCGGAGCGUCGAUCGCUGCCUUUGUGGCGCACGGGCUCUCGCGCGACGUCGACCUCUGGGACGACCACGCCGAGGCGAGGUGCAUCGUCUCGCCGGCGGGCGCAGCGGUAGUCGGGGUGGAGACCGCUGCCGAGCGUGCGCUGUACGCGCUCACCGACUGUGUCCACACCGUCCAUCUCGGGUGCAUGGCGGUGGUGCUCAACUCGCGAUGCACCGAGAACGUUUGCCCGCUGUGCAAGACUCCGUUUGCGGCGGUCGACCUCGAGUACGUCCACACCGUCCUCGGCUGGCAUCGGAUCACCCGCGGGUAG